GCAAGAACUCCCCCAAAUACAAAGCAAAGCAUAUCUCAAAGAUACUUCUUCAUACACACAGGUUCCUUCAUUUCACCACCAUCCACAUCACUCCUUUUUAUCAACUCUAAAACCAUGGAGAAAACAUCUCUUAUAUCUUUAACUUCAACACCUAAUGCAAUUUUAUUGCUCCUUGCUUUAACUAUUUUCCAAGAAGUGCAUGGAAUUGGUGUUAAUUAUGGCACAAUAGCAAACAAUCUUCCACCACCAUCACAAGUUGCAAAGUUUCUCUUACAUUCCACCAUAAUUAACAAGGUGAGAAUCUUUGAUGCAAACCAUGAAAUCUUACAUGCUUUUGCCGAUACCGGAAUCGAGAUAACCAUAACAAUACCUAAUGACCAAAUUCCAAAUAUAACCAAUUUAACCUUAGCUCAACAAUGGAUCAAAACUAAUGUCCAACCUUUUAUCCCUUCAACCAACAUUGUAAGAGUCCUAGUAGGAAAUGAAGUCUUAUCAACGGCUAACAAACUUCUUAUUACUAGCCUUGUCCCUGCCAUGCAAACCCUACACAUUGCCCUUGUAAGUGCCUCAUUAGACAGUUUUAUAAAAGUGUCCACACCACAUUCUUUAGGUAUUUUGUCUAACUCAAGUCCACCAUCUAGUGCUAGGUUUAGACAAGGCUAUGAUAUACAUGUAUUGAAACCAAUGCUUAGGUUUCUUAAAGAUUCAAAUUCACCUUUCAUUGUUAACCCUUACCCCUUUUUUGCUUGUACUUCAAGCAACCUAGAUUUUGUGGUUUUUCGUGCGAAUUCGGGGUUUUUUGAUGAAUACACUAACCUAAAAUACACCAAUAUGUUUGAUGCACAACUUGAUGCUGUUUAUUCAGCAAUGAAAGUUUUGGGCUUUGAGGAUGUGGAAAUUGUUAUUGGCGAAACGGGAUGGCCUUCGAUGGGCGACUCGGACCAAAUUGGUGUUGACACGAAGAGUGCUUCUGAUUACAAUGGGAAUCUUAUAAGGCACGUUACUUCUGGAGAAGGGACACCUCUCAUGCCGAACCGGACUUUUGAUACCUAUGUUUUUGGUUUGUUUAAUGAAAAUCUAAAGCCCGGUCCAUUAUGCGAAAGAAAUUUCGGGAUUUUUUGGCCUAAUAUGAGUCUUGUCUAUGAUGUCCCUAUAAUGAGAAACAAUGUAGAUGUUGCUAACAAUCAUUCUAAAGCUUUAUUGUCAAUAAUGAUAGCUUUGAACUUCUUGAUAGGUUUUUGGGCUUAAAUCUUCUUGCCCUGUUGUCCAUUUCUAGCAAGCCUGUAAAAAGCCUGACCGGUUGGAAUUGAACUUCCAACAACCAGAAAAUCUCAUAUGGGCCAUAAUCAUGCAAUUUGAAUGGCCCCCUGAUCAAAUAUAAAAUUCUUUAGAUUCAAAUGUUUGAUUUAAUGAUUUGGAUUUAUUGAAGCUUGUUUGGAUCCACUUUUUCCAAUCAAUUUCCGCAUCCUGAUGCAUGAUCACCGAGAAAUUCACGAAGCUACUAAUCGAAGCUUCAGUGUUUAUGUGAAAAUUUCACUAUGACUCCAUAAAAUCAGACGUGGAUCCAAACGAUUAUUUCAUCGGCCAAGAAGUUGAGGCAAGCAACAAAAUUCAUGAGUAAUUGUUGAAUGAGCCAGAAUAUUGGGUCAUUUGAUUAAAAUGGGAGGGUCAUGCUCAUGCAUUGCAUUUAAAGCCAUUAGAUCCCAUUCGAAUUCCGCUAAAAGGAUGUAUAUGACACCCGACCACGAGCUACUUCUGAUUAAAGAUCUAUAUAUGUCUAUUAUACAAUCCGUGUUGACACUGA